AUGGCCAUUAAGUUAGACAUGUCAAAAGCGUAUGAUAGAGUAGAAUGGGUCUUCCUAGAGGCUGUGAUGAAGAGAUUGGGUUUCAAUGAGAAAUGGGUGGAGUUGAUUAUGGGUUGUGUGAAAUCUGUCUCCUUCUCAGUGCUCAUUAACGGUUUUCAUGGACUUAAAUUCUGGCCAAAAAGGGGGUUGAGACAAGGGGAUCCCUUGUCACCCUAUAUUUUCAUUAUCUGUGCCGAAGGUCUGAGCAACAUUCUGAAUUUUUAUGAAAAUCAGAAGCUUACAAGGGGAGUGCAAGUGACUAGAGGGGGCAGUAGCAUUAACCACUUGCUAUUUGCAGAUGACUGCAUCCUUUUUGGAAUAGCAAAGCUAGAAGAGUGGCAUAGGAUCCAAGAGGUGUUAAAAAAGUAUGAGAAAGCCUCGGGGCAAUUUCUUAAUAAGGAAAAGACUUCUUUAUUCUUUAGUAGCAACACAAGGGAAGGGGAUAGAAGGGUGAUAGUGGAUGCUGGAAAUUCCAUAGCCUGUGGCAGCUAUGAGAAAUACCUAGGUCUGCCUACCCUUGUGGGAAGAUCAAAAUACAAUACUUUCAGAUUUACUAAGGAGAGAAUUUGGCAGAAAAUUUUAAAUUGGAAAAACCAUUUUCUAUCUCAGGCUGGAAAAGAAAUCCUUAUUAAAGCAGUUCUCCAGGCAAUCUCAACCUAUACUAUGUCAGUUUUUAAACUCCCUAAAAGGCUAUGUCGUGAUAUUAAUUUGUUGCUUUCAAGAUUCUGGUGGGAUAAUCAGCAGGGAGAAAGUAGUAUUUGUUGGAGGAAAUGGGAAAAGAUGGGGAAGCAGAAGAGUAAGGGAGGUUUAGGUUUCAGGGAUGUGGAAUCAUUUAACAUGGCUCUCUUAGCCAAACAAGGUUGGAGAUUGAUAAAGAAUCCUAUGUCUUUAGCAGCAAGAGUUUUUAAAGAGAAAUACUUUAGACAAUCAAAUUUUAUGGAUGCAAAGUUAAACUCUCAACCAUCUUUGAUCUGGCGAAGCAUUUGGCAGGCAAGGGACUUAGUGAAGGAUGGUGUGAGAUGGAGAGUGGGGGAUGGCAGCAAGAUUAAAAUAUGGGGAGAGAAGUGGUUACCUUCUCCCUCCUCUUUUUCUAUACAAUCACCCAUUUAUGUUUUGCAGGCAGAGGCAAAAGUGAAAGAAUUAAUUGAUAAACAAAAGGGAGAAUGGAGAGAAGGUUUGGUUCGAACAAUGUUUGCUUUCAAUGAAGCUGAGCAGAUUUUGAGUAUCCCUUUGAGUAGAGGAUUGGUUCAAGACAAAUUGUUUUGGGGUCCAUCCAAAAUAGAGUCUGAAACUAUUAUGCAUGCUAUUUGGGAAUGCCCAGGAGCUAAUGACAUUUGGGCAGAUGUAAGUUUUGGAGCUCAAAAAUUGAAUAGAGCAGAAACAGACUUUAUGCUACUAUGGUUGAAGUUGAUCAAUAAGCUGAGCAAGGAGCAAUUAGAAUUGGUGGCAGUGAUGUUCAGAAGACAAUGGCUAAGAAGAAAUAUGUUUGUGUUUGAAAGGAAGAUCGUAUGCCCCAAAACAGUUCUGCAGAAGGCCAGUGAAUCCUUAGUAGAAUAUAAGGCUGCCCAAGCUCUUCUACAACAGACAAAGCAAAGCCAAGUAAGAGGAAGGGGUGAUCUGAAAUGGGAAAAACCAGUUGCUGGUUUAGUGAAGAUAAAUUGGGAUGCUUCCUUGGAUGUGAAGGAUAGAAGAAUGGGAGUAGGAAUUAUUAUUAGGGAUGAGAAAGGGGAAGCUCUAGUGGCUGUUUGUGAUAAAAAAGAACAUGUUGACAAUCCAAUGGUGGCAGAGAGUUAUGCGUUGAGAGUGGCUCUAGAUGUGUGUGGUGAACUUAACAUUCAAAAGGCAAUAUUUGAAGGGGAUGCAAAAUCAGUCAUUACGGCAGUUCAUAGGGAAGCUGAGGACCUCUCUUUGGUGGGAUCUAUAGUAAAAAGAUAUUAA